AUGUUCAAAUAUAGAACGCCUGGAUAUAAUGGAUAUGCUUGCAAAUACUCGCCAUUCUACGAUAACAAGCUUGCUGUUGCGACGGCGGCCAAUUACGGACUGGUAGGCAACGGGAAGCUCGCCAUUCUUUCCAUCCAGGACAACGGCAUGAUCACCCAAGACACAGAGUUCGAGACCCAGGACGGACUAUUUGACGUGGCAUGGUCCGAGCUCCACGAGAAUCAGGUGCUCACAUGUGCAGGCGACGGGUCGAUAUCGCUGUUUGACAUCACUCUCCAACAAUUCCCCAUCCAGAAGUACCAAGAACACACCAGAGAGGUGUUUUCAGUGUACUGGAACAUGGUCGAUAAGAGCAUCUUUUGUUCGUCAUCGUGGGACGGAACAGUCAAGAUAUGGUCGCCCAAUAGAAACCAAUCGAUGCUGACGCUGGUGUCGCAGCAGGACAUGUCGCACUCGGCAGAACCUUCCGCUGCUCCGUCGCGAAAACACCCAAACUCCAACUGUAUUUAUCAAGCCUCGUUUUCUCCAAGAGACCCGUUUCAGCUCGUUUCUGUUAGCUCGUCGUCCCAUUGUCAGAUCUGGGACAUCCGGGCUCCCCAGCCGCUCCAGCUUGACUUUGUUGCUCACAACGGAAUGGAGAUUCUCUCGUGCGAUUACAAUAAAUACCGUCCAACCGUCAUUGCAACCGCUUCUGUCGAUAAGAGCAUCAAAAUAUGGGACCUUCGUAUGAUUCCGCCUCCAAACUCCCCUGGACCUUCACCAUCCCCAGUGAACAAGCUUCUGGGACACGACUUUGCCGUCCGCCGAGUGUGCUGGUCGCCUCACUCAUCAGACACUCUUCUAAGUUGUUCAUACGACAUGACCUGCCGCGUCUGGAAAGACCAGACCGACGAAAACGCAAAGUUCACCAAUAACAGGCUUUGGCACGGCCACUCGCUACUCAAGACCUUUGGUAUGCACAAGGAGUUCGCAAUCGGCUGCGACUGGUCACUCUGGGGAUCUGGCUUUGCUGCAAGCGUCGGCUGGGACGAAAUGUGCUACGUCUGGAAAGCCGUCUGA